UAUAAAUCGAAAUACAUGGACAUACAGCUCCCAAGGCCCAACUCAGUCGACACUCGACAGCCGAAAAAUAAGAAAAAUCUUCAGAAGCUCCGAGCAUUCAGUCUUAACCGAGGAUCUAGGCAUUUCAAUUUUUUCCUUCGAUAUAACCAAACCUGUUUCCACAUGGAUCGGACCCGAUCCGAUAGCACGGUUAUCGGCCGACAGUGGAGCAGCGAGUCCGGCGCCACCGGCACGUCGUCUCCGGCAAUGUCGCCGUCGCUUUACCACCACUCGCGGUCUGCGUCCGCCACGGGAAUCUCCAACAUCAAGCGGACUCAGAACUUCGCCGCCAAAGCCGCAGCUCAGCGGCUCGCGCAGGUCAUGGCGUCUCAGACGGCUGAUGACGAUGAGGACGAUGAGGAUGAUGAUCUAGGGUUCAGGUACAGUGCUCCGCCGCCUCCGGCAUUUUCCAGGACCGUCAACAGUGGGAAACCUGCUGUGCCGGCGAGUAGAGUCACUAGAUCUCCUUCUCCUGGGUUAGGUCGGAACUUUGUAGAGGAAACUCCAUCAGUGCGCUCAACAUCUGCUGGAAGGCCUUCAAUGUCUCUUAAUGCAAUUCCAUUGGUUUCACCUAGUAGGGCACCAUUGAGGACCCCAGUUCCUAUACCCCCAAUAGAACCUCCUAAUAGGCAAAAAGAGAAAAGAUUCUCAUCAAAUGUUGGACAUUUCAACCCAAAAGAUACUGGAGAUCAGCGGGAGGCUUCUGCCCUUCGUGAUGAAGUUGAUAUGCUACAAGAAGAGAAUGAGAACAUUCUUGACAAGCUCAGACUUGAGGAAGAGAGAUGCAAGGAUGCAGAGGCCAGAGUUAGAGAGCUUGAGAAACAGGUUGCUGCUCUUGGAGAGGGUGUAUCUCUGGAAGCUAAAUUGCUGAGCAGAAAAGAAGCUGCAUUGCGUCAAAGAGAGGCUGCACUUAAAGAUGCAAAACAGAGUAGGGAUGGGGAAGAUGAAGAAAUUGCAUUCCUUCGGUCUGAACUUGAGAAUGCAAAGGAUAGGGCUGGAGCUGUUUUGGACCAGCUUCAUGGAGCCAAAUCUGAAGUAAAAGCUCUUCGCUCAAUGACUCAAAGGAUGGUUUUGACUCAGAAAGAGAUGGAGGAAGUUGUUCUUAAGAGGUGUUGGCUUGCUCGCUAUUGGGGUUUAGCUGCAAGGCAUGGUAUCUGUGCAGAUAUUGCAGUGUCAAAGCAUGAGCACUGGUCAUCUUUAGCUCCUCUUCCUUUUGAAGUUGUUAUUUCUGCUGGACAAAAAGCUAAAGAGGAGUGGAGACGAGGUGAGGAUGAUCCUGAGACAAGGAGCAAACUGGUUCAGGACUUGAAUGAUCUAACUGGAGAUGGAAACAUUGAGAGUAUGCUUUCAGUUGAAAUGGGUUUGAAGGAGCUUGCUUCCUUGAAGGUUGAGGAAGCUAUUGUUCUUGCUUUGGCUCAACUGCGGCGUCCUAAUUCUGCUAGACUAUCCAGCUCAGAUCUUAAAUCACCCGGUGAUCCAAAGUAUAUGGAAGCAUUUGAAUUGAGUACAGAGGAGUCUGAGGAUGUUCUUUUCAAGGAGGCAUGGCUUACAUAUUUUUGGAGAAGAGCCAAGGCCCAUGGUAUCGAGGAGGACAUUGCCAAGGAACGUCUUCAGUUUUGGAUUAGUCGUAGUGGGCAUGCACCUACUUCUCACGAUGCUGUUGAUGUUGAGCAAGGUCUGAUGGAGCUGAGGAAACUGGGUAUCGAGCAUUGGCUGUGGGAAGCAUCACGCAAGGAAAUAGACGAGGACUCCUCUGCUUCUAUUGCCCGGAAAUCUGCCAUAUAGUAAAGAGUUCUGCCCUAACCUGGAGAUGAUGUUUGUAUCAUUAUUAUUUAUUAGCCUUAUAUGAAGUUUAUAAUAUUUCAGUUUCUGUUCUUCAGCAUUUUCACUUGUUUUCUUGGCUUGAUGGUAGCACAGGCUUUAUCUAUAUGUAACAGUACUCCCAAAAGAUCUAUUGUUUUUCACUUCUACGUUA